AUGGAGACAGAUUCGAGGCUGAAUGACCUCAGCACACCCCUUUGUGCAACAGUCUUCAGCCCCAACCAUCCACCCAAGAAGGUGGAAGUUCAACAAGGUCAGCAAGAUUCGGACAGCUGCCUACAGGCACUUAUUGCACGCUCCACUUCGAUUGGAGACUCGGAGGUGAUGCUGGUCAUUAGGUCGUCUGUUUGGAUCAACUUUGUGCUGAUGGUUUGCAAGCUGUACACGUUCCUGAUCUCUGGUUCCCUCGCUGUCUUGGCCUCGCUGGUUGACUCCAUCAUCGAUUUGCUCGGCCAAGGGGCGCUUAUGUUUACUAGCGCGCUGGCGAAGGGGAAGAACGAGGAUGAGUACCCCGUAGGACGUGGGCGUCUUGAGCCCGUUGGAGUGAUGAUUUGUGCAGUCGUCAUGGGAAUGGCCAGCAUGGAGGUCAUCAGCCAGUCGACGGUACGCCUGGUGAAGUUCUGGGAUCGCAGUGAUGCGCCCGAGGUUGCCUUAACAAUGACCGCCGCCUUGCUCUUGGUAGGCGUGAUCUUCCUGAAGGUGGGGCUGUGGCACUGGUGCUCAGCUGUGUACCAGCGAAAUCCUCAAGAAGCUGUCAAGGCGAUUGCUCAGGAUAACCUCAAUGAUGUGAUUUCGAACAUCGCUGCCCUGAUUGCCCCAGAGAUGAUCUUGCUCGGUCACCAGUUUUGGCUGGUGGAUCCUUUCGCCGGGAUCGCCAUCUCGAUCUACAUCAUCUACACCUGGUUGGUGACGGGGUUUGAGCAAGUUGAGAUGAUAGUGGGCAAAAGGGCUGACCCCGACUUCUUGCAGAAGGUCUACAAUAUCGUGGAGGACUCCAGUGAGGAGCUCAGCCUUCAAGCUCAUGAAAUGCAAACCGCCCAGCUGUCAGCUGGACCAGUGUUCAACACAGUUUUGGAAGAGUCCUUGCUUCCGGAUGUUCAAGAAGAGCGAUCUGAUGGAUCAAGCCUGGUCGAAUGGAAGAAAAGGAGGGGACCUCGAUGCACCCCGGAGGUGAAAGCCUUGACGAUCUCUUUUCUCCUCUUCGGCCUGAUAACAGUCGUGCAAGUCUUUGCCGCGCAAAUUGCACACUCCAGGGCUUUGCUGAUGGACUGUAUCUCCAUGGGCGUGGACUCGCUGACAUACCUUGGAAAUAUUGUGGUGGAGUGCCGGAGGAGAGAUGGCCGAGAACAUGCGAUCUCGCAGCUGAUCAUUGUGGCUAUCUCCUUGAGCCUCCUGUGCUAUUUCACAUCAGAUGCUAUGCAGGAGAGCUGGGAGACGGUGUUGGUCUGUCAAGGAAAAGCCUCCGCUGAUGGAGACGAGGAGGUGAAUGGCUGGAUCACGCUUGGCUUUGCCCUGGGUGGCGUGGCAUUCGACGUCAUGUGCCUGAUCCAAUUCUACAAGAGCAACAAGAGAACUGGAAGCGGAAGAAGUGUGAAUAUAUUUUCGGCCUUUCUGCAUGUCAGUGCAGAUUUCCUUCGAUCCAGCGCAACACUGGUCAUGUCACUGAUUAUCCUCUUUGGUCAAGUGGACUCCACCUGCAUUGACGCUUAUUCUAGCAUCUUCAUCGGUGUAACAAUCGUCGUUGGCGCCUUUGUUGGCUUCUUCAAGUGGCUGAAACUACUUGCUUCACUCUGCUGUUGCAAGGAUGAUCUCUGA